AUGCAGCAUGAUGAUGUUGUUUGGGCUAUCAUUAAUAAGACGCAUUGUUCGCAUAAAGUAACAACAAAAACUCAGCAUUUUUGCCGCAAUGAAUAUAACCUCACUGGUUUAUGCAGUCGAGCAUCAUGUCCACUCGCAAAUAGUAAAUAUGCAACUAUAAGAGAGGAAAAUGGUAUAAUUUAUUUAUAUAUGAAAACUGCAGAAAGAGUUAUGUUUCCAGCGAAACAAUGGGAAAAGGUGAAGUUGUCUAGAAAUUUCGAAAAAGCCAUUUAUCAAAUAAAUGAAAAUCUUCUAUACUGGCCGGCAUUUAUCAAAGCAAAAUGCAAACAGAGAUUUGUUAAAAUAACACAAUAUCUAAUUCGUAUGAGAAAACUGAAGUUAAGAAGAGUGAAAGAAUUAGUGCCUAUACAGCGUAAGAUAGAAAGGCGGGAAAGAAGAAGAGAAGAAAAGGCCCUAGUUGCAGCCAGAAUUGAUAAUGCUAUAGAAAAGCAAUUACUUGAAAGACUUAAAAAAGGAACAUACAAUGACAUCUACAACUUCCCCCAAAUGGCUUUUGAUGCAGCACUUAAAGCAGAGGAAGUUUCUGGUGAAAGUGAAAGUGAGAAGGAAGAUGAUGAAGAGGAGGAGAUGGAAAUUGAACCUGAGCUAGAGAGAGAAUUACAAAAGACGGUGGAGGAAACUGAUGAGUUUGUUGAGGCAGAUAGUGACAUGGACAGUGAUGCUGAAAGUGAUUCAGGAAGAAAAGAAAAUGUUGAUGUUAGAAGUGACUUUGAAUCUGAGACUUCAGAUAUUGAGGACAUGGCCGUGAAGAAGAUAAGCAGAAAGAAGCCAAGAGUAGAAAUUGAAUAUGAGACAGAACCCAUAGCAAGUGUUUCAAGAAAGAAAAUAAAAAAU